CCCCCCCCCCCCCCCCCCCCAACUGUCGAUUCUUAACGUCGGACUCCAAUUGCCACAUUAAUCUCCAUUUCAACUCAUUUCAACUCAUGUCCAUCAAGUAGAACGACUACUUGCUUCCGUUAGCGGACUCCAAUGUUACUUGCCAAUGAUUUUAUAACCCUUUUAAAAGUAACAUCCACUGGUCGUGUUAGAGCUUUAGCGCGUCUGUUCUCACAAUGCAGACUCGACCUUAAGUAGCGGCCUGAAAAUAGACGAUAAACAAGCACUUAUCGUCUUCAUAUACUACAUAUACUACACCUUCCAGUGGAUUUAAAAUACUUUAUUUGACAUUCCCUGGAACUACGUGGUAAUUACACUUCAUAUCAUCUUUCACCAAAUGGAUCCUCCAGCAUCUCUAGACAUCCAUGAAAGAUGGGACGAGGAGAAGAAAUGCAUGAUAGCCAAACAUGCCAAGGAACUUGCUUUUCACGAGGAUCUACUUGAAAAAGAGAAGCAAGAUCUCCGCGAGAGCAGCGAACGCGACCUCCUAAAAUUAAAGGCGGCUGUGCCACCGGCCUUGUAUAGGGAGAUAAUCUUGCCUAUGGCUGAAAAAAGCCUCAAGAAUGACAUGCGGCAGAUUGAGGCUAGCCACCAAAAAAGAACUAUGAUCAUUGAGAAGGAACAGAAGGCAGAAUAUGCUCGUCAUGAGAUUGCCUAUCACGAGAAACUUAGAGUUUCUUUAGCUAUAAAUGGAGAUACGAAUGCAACUGUCGAUACUAAAGGCAGUUUCAUCUCACAGUCUCAAGCCCCCAAGAAACGUAAGGUAUCCACGUCGAAAGAACACACCCCUAAGCGACCCCGCGUCGACACGUGUAUCAAUUUCCACCAAACCCUUGCUGGCGCACCUUUAGACGAAAAUGCUCACCUACCAACUCGAACGAUCACAUUUGACGAGGUCUACCAGAAUGGCACCGCAAAACACAAAGAUACAAUUGUGGAGUGGCCGAGCGGUAGUCGGAUGUGGUACAUUCUAAAGUGUGAAAAACACGAAGCUCGUUUCACCAAAAAUGCUGUCCAUGGAGCCGCUAGACAUCUAAAUGGCCGGGGUCAUGGCUUCCUCGAUAGAAACAGAGAUAUGGCUGUUAAAACACUGGGUUACCUGGUGGUUGACUGCAACGAGGAACUGGUAAAACUUAACAACCAGGUUGCAGAGGAAAGUUACAAAAAUGGAUAUAAACCACCCCUUGCAAAGCCAGAAAAGCAGUCUAAGAAAAAGGAUAAGGUAAAGGAUAAGGCGCAAAAAAGGUUGCGCCAGGAAGGGAAAAAAUCGUCCUCGUCAUUGACAGCAAAUCCGGGCGUGGAUGUCACCCCAAAGAAAUCAAAAGUUCGGGCGCGUCAGAAUUCAGACACACCGAUCAGUCGCCGGAACUCCUCCAACUCACAAAAAAUAAUUACUAACCCCAAGACAUUCCAUAUUUAUCAUGGCCGCUGGAAGUCUAAUGGUAGCUCGGAAGAUGAUCAUGAAAUUUAUCCUGUUAUGAUACUCGGGUGGGAUAGUCAGGACGGAAGCGGUCUGAAGAACUCUACGCUCAAUACCACUGGGCUCCUUAAGAAGAGUGCCUCCCCGCCAAACUGCUAUAUUUAUGAAUCAAACAAGAUAGUUGGUUGGGCGCCAGGAUAUGAAGAUGGCGGCGUUAAAGUCGACUCGCGGAAAUUUCCCGUUAUGUUCUUCGAUGAAUCUCAGACUGUGGCGUGGCUCCCAGCUCGAUAUCUGACCAAAUUCCCUCUGUAUAAACGCACGCCGCCACCCGAACUAGAUCAUCCUUUCAAUGCUGCGCGCCGCUGGAUUGCUGAGAGGGAAGGCUUUAGUACGUGGGAGGAAAGGGAAAAGGCUCGCCUUUAUCCUCCAACAUCACGGCCCCCGUCAAUCUCGCCAAUCACCCCGAUUGGUGACGAGUCAGCUAAAAUAAUCAUCCAUCCUAGAGGACGCGAAGAACCCGAAGGGCCUGAAAGAUAUCCUACUACGAGUCAUGAUCCGUCAGCAGAUAAAGACGAUUCGGAUAGCCUAUGCUCCAACUCGGACACGGUGUCAAUUUCCACGGAGGAUACGGAGAUGCUGGUGGAGGAGUGGCAAAAGAAGGGGGGAGAAAUUCCUGGUGAUGAGGAUUAUUCUGCUUCCGGAUCUGAUGUUGACGAUACUUCCGACGCCGAAAAAGAUGAUUGGGACAAAUCUUUUUCGCAUGCUACAAAGCCAAAUGGUUCGUCGGAUCGCCCCUGGGCAUUUUACGGCCUGCGGAGUAUAGAAGAUACCGACAAAUUAAAUAAACCAAUUGAAAAACUGCGAGAGUCAGGAGAGAGCCAACUCCCUACGUCGGUGGCUACAGGAAUGGAAUCAGCACCGGAGCUCGAGAGACGGGCGUGUUCAUGUCCUAUAAACCCACAAGAAUCUCAGGAAAGCCAUACAUCUAGCACGAAAAAGCUACAAGGUUCCCAUGCAAUACAACGUGCUGAUCAGCCAGUUGAUUUGCCAUUGGGUGAUAGAGCUGCCAGCGCUCCUCAAGACAUCGGUCGCAUUACAUCGCCCGUAUCAACUCUCGCAGAAAUCAUUAAUAACCUCAUUUCAACACCUGUCCCAGAAUUAAAAGGAACUAAGGAAGCACAUGUUACCAACGAGGGUACCGAUGGGGACGGGGAUAUCUCACCUCUUAUCUACGGAGCGUCUGAUGAUAUCAAGUCCAGAACUGGCGACGAGAUUCGAUGUAAUUCUUAUGGAAACCUCGAGGCUUUAACCUCGAAACAGGCGGCCAUUGUCGAUAAGGAGCGCGAUGAUAUAAGCGCAGGAGAUGAAAUGAUGGUGGACAGAGAAAAUUUGGUCGAGAAUAGACAAGCUACCACUGAGGAAACAUUCCAGACAGCACAGCAUAAAGAAGAAGACGAGGAUGACCCAAGCAAGCAUAAGGAAUACCAGCUCCCUAAACCCGAAAUGAUUACUUCCUCUACCAACCCAAUAACAGGCGCAAAUAUUCCUACAUCUAGCCGGUCCGUCAGUAACCCCUUUUCCGAUGCUACAUCGCCCCCAGGCGAUGCGGACUUUGAAUUAUCGCAAUGUAGCAAUGGGGCAACAUCAUGGGAGAGAUUGAAUGAAGAAGAAGAAUGUGUAAAACUCUUCCACGAUAGGGAUCAAAAGAUAAUGGCGACCUGGCGAAGUCCGGUGGACGUUACGAUUGAUUUAAUGGAAGUAGUCAGCUUCUCGCGAGAAAUCAUCCCGGAAUCCCACGGUAAUAGCAUUAUAGUAUUGAACAACAAGGAUGGUUCAUCAUGGAAACUAGUUUUCGGCCAGAGUAAGGGAAGUAAGCUCUUAGCUGGCAAGAUUCAGAGUCGCGGAUUUAUACGACAGCUUCGAAGCGCGAAUCCUGACGUUAGAUGCUUGGAGAAAGUUUAGCCGUAUAUAAAUGGGAGCAAAGCUAGUCGCCUGGGUAUAAAAUUUAAGAGAGGGAAACCGGGAUUUUGCUUAUUUCUCGCCGUACCUAUUUACGAUGACUUCGCGAAAUGCUAUUUUUCUUAGAUUAUUGGUUACGCUGGUCGUAUAUGUUAUAUAUAUAUAUUAGGUAGUAUAAUGCUAGGGUGGAUAGCUACC